AAAAGCAAAGGCCGAGAUGAUCCUUGACGUCGCUGAGAGAUGACGCGAGUCAUACACGGGGAAAACGAAAGUCGCUCUUCUUUCCCACGUGUCGCACAGCGGCGGGUGGCGGACAGUGGUAGCUGGCUGGCUUUGCGCGCGCACACCCCCUUUCCCAGUCCCUGGGAGAAGGGGAACUGGAGCGAGGGGAAUCCUGAGAGCGGCCAAGGAUGGAGCAUCUGCGGCUCAGCCUGGUGGCUCCGCUGCAGCUGAUAACGCAGAGGAACGAGGGGAGCAGCGGCGAGCUUAGGAGGUUCCUCGCCAAACAGAUCUGGAGUCAGCAGGACCGUCAAUGCAUUCUCAGUGCCUUAGCACAGUUAUUACUGGAUAAAGAAUCAACACUUCUGAUUGGCCGUCAGUUUCGUCCAAUCUUGCUUGAUUUGUUGGAAAGAAAUGCAGAGAUAAUUAAAUCUAGUGGGCAGAUCAACCAUGAUAUUCAUGAAAGACUCUGUGUGGCAAUGAGCAAAGUUAUUGGUGACCAUCCAGAUGUGAUGCCAUUUGCCUUGAGAUACUUUAAGGAUACUUCACCAGUGUUCCAAAGACUAUUUCUGGAAAGCUCAGAUACAAAUGUGGUUCGAUAUGGGCGCCGACGAAUGAAAUUAAGGGAUCUCAUGGAGGCAGCCUACAAAUUCCUCCAAAAAGACCAGGCUGUAUUCAGAGAGUUGUGGGACUGGAGUGUCUGUGUCCCGUUACUGAGGAGUCAUGAUACUUUAGUUCGAUGGUAUACUGCCAGUUGUCUUGCACUGGUUACAUGCAUGAAUGAUGAGCACCGGUUGUCCUUCUUGAAGAAGAUCUUUAAUCCAGAAGAGUUAAUACAUUUCAGACUUAAACUACUGGAAGAAUCACGGAUGCAGAAUGUUGAGUGUGCCCUUGUUUUGGCCAACCCUGACACACCCUUUUGGAAGAAAGAGGAGGUGUUGCGGUACACUCAGGGAGAACUUGUAUCUGCUGACCUCUCUUCAAAGGUAGUAGCAGUAUGUGGCAUUGUACUACCUAGACAACAGUUUGGACCAAGAGAAAAUCAGGAGACCAUCUCGAACCAGUUUGUGUUGGUGAAAUCCACCUGCACAAAUCUUCAAAAUCUUGCUAUGGCUGUAGCUUCACAAAACGCAGUGUUACUUGAAGGACCAGUAGGAUGUGGCAAAACAUCUCUGGUUGAGUACUUGGCAGCAGUUACAGGAAGGACAAAGCCACCUCACAUUCUAAAAGUCCAACUGGGAGAUCAAACUGACAGUAAGACCUUGUUGGGCAUGUAUCGUUGUACAGAUGUACCAGGGGAGUUUGUGUGGCAACCGGGGACCCUGACCCAAGCAGUCAGCAAAGGGCACUGGAUACUCUUGGAAGAUAUUGACUAUGCUCCUUUGGAUGUGAUCUCUGUAUUGAUUCCCCUUCUGGAAAAUGGAGAAUUGUUGAUUCCUGGGCGAAGUGAUUGUAUAAAAAUAGCUCCUGGAUUCCAUCUUUUUGCAACCAGAAGAGUCUUCAGUUCUGGUGGUGGUUGGUACAAACAGCAAAAUAGCCAUGCAGCUCUUCUGGGAAAAUACUGGACAAAAAUUAGGCUGGAUAAUAUGCCUAAAGCUGAACUCAGAGAAAUUCUUCAAAAGAGUUAUCCUAAACUUGGUGUAGUAAUGGAUUGCUUGUUAGACAUUUAUGUUGAGCUUACUGGUGAUAAACAUCUAGCAGAAACCCAUAUUGCAGGCGAUGAAAACAUAAUGGAAGACUCAUCACACUUAACUGAAAAGAAAAGGCUGAGCUUAGAGGGCAGAGAGUUAUCUCUGAGGGACUUGCUGAAUUGGUGCAACAGGAUUGCUUACAACUUUGAUAGUUCUUCGUCUACCGCACUGAAUAUUUUUCAUGAGGCAUUAGACUGUUUCACAGCUAUGCUAUCGAAGCAAGGAAGUAAAUUGAAGUUGGCGGAAGUCAUUGGAAGCAAACUGAACAUUUCCAAGCAUAAGGCUGAAUACUACUGCAAACUUUACAAGCCAGAAAUUGCAAUAGGGGAGCAAGAGGUCUCUGUGGGAAGAGUCCAACUCUUUCGGAAGCCAACUCAUGCACUGCUUGUGCAAAGGAAAAAGCAGACCUUUGCUCCCACACGUCCAUCUUCAGUAUUAAUUGAGCAGCUUGCUGUUUGUGUUGACAAAGGAGAGCCUGUGUUGUUGGUGGGUGAAACAGGGACAGGCAAAACUUCUACUGUUCAAUACCUGGCCCAUAUUACAGGGCACCGUUUGAGGGUCAUCAAUAUGAAUCAGCAGAGUGAUACUGCAGAUCUCCUAGGGGGCUACAAGCCAGUGGAUAACAAACUGAUUUGGAUGCCCUUGCGAGAGUCUUUUGAGGAGCUAUUUGCACAGACAUUUUCUAGAAAGCAAAACCAGACUUUCUUGGGGCACAUCCAGACAUGUUACAGACAGAAGCGCUGGCAUGAUCUUGUCAAGUUGAUGCAACAUGUUCAUAAAUCUGCUGUUAAUAAGGAAUCUAAACAAAAUACAUCUGGCUCACCAUUGAAGGAAAAAUGGGAAGAACUUGGUAUCCGAUUGGACCAUGCCCGACAGCAGAUGAAAAUGACAGAAAAUGCUCUAGUUUUUGCAUUUGUAGAGGGCACCUUGGCACAAGCAGUGAAGAAAGGAGAAUGGAUUCUGUUAGAUGAGAUUAAUUUGGCUGCAGCAGAGACCUUAGAAUGCCUGAGUGGUUUACUAGAAGGAUUAUCCAGUUCAUUGGUGUUGCUAGAUAGGGGAGAUACAGAGCCCCUGGUACGUCAUCCAAAUUUUCGUUUGUUUGCCUGUAUGAACCCAGCUACUGAUGUUGGAAAAAGAAAUCUACCUCCAGGAAUACGGAACAGGUUUACUGAACUUUACAUAGAGGAGUUACAAAAUGAAGGAGACUUGCAGAUUCUGAUCAUGGAUUAUCUUAAAGGACUGAAUGUGAGCAAAAACAUAGUGCAAGGGAUCGUAAAUUUCUAUUUGUCUGUGAGAAAGGAGUGUGAAACAAAACUGGUAGAUGGGACAGGCCACAGGCCUCAUUACAGCCUUCGUACUUUGUGCAGAGCAUUGAGGUUUGCAUCAUCCAACCCAUGCAAAAGCAUACAGCGCUCUCUUUAUGAGGGUUUUUGCUUGGGUUUUCUCACCCAGCUUGACAGAAAUUCUUAUCCCAUUGUUCAAAAGCUAAUAUGCCAGCAUAUUCUGUCUGGGAACAUGAAAAACACCCUCAAGCAGCCCUUACCAGAGCCUAAAGGAGGGAGAAUGAUUAAGGUAGAGGGAUACUGGAUUUCAGUUGGUGACAAGGAACCCACUGUGGAUGAGACUUACGUGCUCACACCUUCGGUUAAACUUAACCUCAGAGAUAUUGUCAGAGUUGUAUCAGCUGGGACAUACCCAGUGCUGAUUCAAGGAGAUACUUCCAUUGGUAAAACCAGUUUAAUACGCUGGUUGGCUGCUGCAAGUGGGAACCACUGUGUUAGGAUUAACAAUCAUGAACACACUGACAUUCAAGAGUAUAUUGGCUGUUACACAUCAGAUGUAUCUGGGAAGCUGAUAUUUAAAGAAGGUGUCCUCAUUGAUGCUAUGCGAAAGGGCUACUGGAUAAUUCUAGAUGAACUCAAUCUGGCACCCACUGAUGUUUUGGAGGCACUGAACAGAUUGUUAGAUGAUAAUAGGGAGCUGUUCAUAACGGAAACCCAAGAAACAGUCAAAGCUCACCCAAGAUUCAUGCUCUUUGCUACACAGAAUCCUCCAGGGCUCUACGGAGGCAGGAAGGUAUUAUCAAGAGCCUUCAGGAAUAGAUUUGUGGAGCUGCAUUUUGAUGAAUUACCAAGUGCAGAACUGGAAACCAUCCUACACAAACGAUGCCAGCUUCCACCAUCUUACUGUAGUAAACUUGUCAAAGUCAUGCUAGAGUUGCAGUCUUAUCGCAGAGGUUCUUCAGUGUUUGCAGGGAAGCAUGGGUUUAUUACUCUUCGGGAUCUCUUUCGCUGGGCUGAAAGGUACCGCUUAGCAGAACAGACGGAGGAGGACUAUGACUGGCUUCAGCAUUUAGCAAAUGAUGGAUUUAUGCUUCUGGCAGGAAGAGUCAGAAAACAACAAGAAGUUGACGUUAUACAAACAGUCAUUGAAAAAAACUUCAAGAGAAAAUUGCAUCCCUCAGGUCUGUUCUCAGAAGAAAGUGUAAAGAAGCAAAUAGCUAACGCAUCUACAUGGAUGUCUGUAAUGGAGAAUGAGUUCAGUCACAUUGUGUGGACUCGAGGGAUGACAAGGCUUGCAGUUCUGGUAGGCCGAGCAUUAGAGUUCGGUGAACCCGUACUUCUGGUCGGAGACACAGGGUGUGGCAAAACCACUGUUUGUCAGAUGUUUGCAGAGUUAGCAAAUCAGAAAUUAUAUUCUGUGAACUGUCAUUUGCACAUGGAGACCUCUGACUUCCUGGGUGGGCUGCGGCCAGUCAGGCAGAGAUCAAAGGAUGAGGAGGAGUUCGAUGGUUCUAGGCUGUUUGAAUGGCAUGAUGGAGCCCUUGUGUUGGCGAUGAGAGAGGAUGGCUUUUUUCUCUUGGAUGAGAUUUCAUUAGCAGAUGAUUCUGUUCUAGAAAGACUAAAUAGUGUUCUUGAAAUGGAAAAGACGCUGGUAUUAGCUGAAAAAGCUAGUGAGGACAAUGAAGUAGAAUUGCUGACUGCAGGAAAGAAGUUUCGUAUUUUAGCCACAAUGAAUCCUGGUGGUGACUUUGGGAAGAAAGAGCUGUCACCUGCCUUGCGUAAUAGAUUUACAGAAAUAUGGUGUCCACAAAGUAACCACCGUAUGGAUUUAAUGCAGAUUGUAAAGCAUAAUCUUCAUCCAGGACUCUGUUUCACCAAACAAAAUGACAAAGAAACAGAUAUAGCAGAGCUCAUGAUGGAUUUCAUAGAGUGGCUGACUGAUCAAGAAUUUGGACAUCACUGUAUUCUCAGCAUCCGGGAUGUUUUGUCAUGGGUCAACUUCAUGAAUGCCGUGGCACGAGACAAACUAUCAUAUGCCUCAGAGGAGCACCAGCUUUUUAGCAUCUCUCCAGUGACGACAUUUGUACAUGCUGCAUGUCUGGUGUACAUAGACGGAAUAGGUUCAGGCACAAUGUCCUGUUCAGCUGGCUCAGCUGCUUUGGCUCGUGAAAAAUGUCUGCAACAUUUGAAUGGAAAAAUCUCCCAAAUAAUGCAACUCACUGACAGUCAGAAGGAUGAACUGAACAUUUAUGACCCAAAGAGAGAGAGGGAAAUUGUUUGGUUGGAGAACUAUAUAGGAAUCCAUCCAUUUUUUAUACCAACAGGUCCUCUUUACCAGAAGAACAAUGUCUCAGACUAUGCUCUAAGUGCAGGAACUACAGCAAUGAAUGCCCAAAGGUUAUUACGGGCCUUGCAGCUUAACAAGCCCAUUCUCCUAGAAGGCUCUCCAGGUGUCGGGAAGACCAGCCUAGUAGCAGCAUUGGCAAAGGCUUCAGGAAAUUGCCUUGUUCGAUUCAAUCUUUCUGAGCAAACGGAUGUCACAGAUUUGUUUGGCACAGACCUGCCUGUUGAAGGAGGCAAAGGAGGGGAAUUUGCCUGGCAUGAUGGGCCUUUGCUUGCAGCAUUGAAAGCUGGACAUUGGAUUGUAUUAGAUGAGCUGAACUUGGCUUCCCAGUCAGUACUAGAAGGCCUGAAUGCCUGUUUUGACCAUCGGGCAGAGAUUUACAUUCCUGAGUUGGGGAUGAGCUUCCACGUGCAACACAAGACAACAAAGAUCUUUGGAUGCCAGAAUCCCUACAGGCAAGGAGGUGGCAGAAAGGGGCUGCCCAAGUCGUUUCUGAACAGAUUCACACAGGUUUUCGUGGACCCACUCUCAGCAGCAGAUAUGGAGUACAUUGGAAAUACCCUGUUUCCUGCCAUCGGCAAAAAAAAUAUUGCAAAAAUGGUUGAAUUUAACAAAAAGAUUGAUCAAGAGGUUAUGACUGAGAAGAAGUGGGGGCAUAAAGGUGGACCUUGGGAGUUUAAUCUUCGUGACCUGUUUCGAUGGUGUCAGCUAAUGCUUGUUGACCAAUCACCUGGCAGUUAUGAUCCAGGGCAGCACAUGUUUUUGAUAUACGGGGAAAGAAUGAGGACAAAAGCAGACAAGGAGAAGGUAGUGUGUCUAUUCAAGGACAUUUUCAGCCAGAAUUCUAAACCAUAUAUAGGAUCCAGACAGUUCCACAUCACUCCUUAUGACAUUCAGGUUGGUUUCUCAAUCCUCUCCCGUGCCAACUAUGUUCCUCCUCCUGGCAGAAACCUGUCACUGCUCCACCAUUCACUCCAGCCCUUGGAAUCUGUCAUGAAAUGUGUGCAUAUGAGCUGGAUGGUAAUAUUGGUAGGCCCUGCAGCUGCUGGUAAGACCAGCUUAGUUCAGCUUCUGGCGUAUCUCACGGGUCAUCAGUUGAAGAUUAUGGCAAUGAACAGUUCUAUGGAUACAACAGAGCUGUUAGGUGGAUUUGAGCAAGUUGAUAUCAUUAGGCCAUGGAAGAGCUUGCUGGAGAAGGUGGAGAACAUUGUAAGUACACUGCUAAGAGACAGCCUCCUCCUCACUGCUAUCUGUCCGGAAGAUGCUGAAAUUGUGCUGCGUGCCUGGAGCAGUUUUGUUCUUAAUUUCAAGCCCAAGUCUCUUGGGGAAGGGGAUCAAAAUAUAACCAUCGAACUAGUGAAUAAAUUGGAGGGAGUUCUCGCACUGGUCCAGCGACUGAAUAACAAGAUCAGCUCCUACUCAAAGUCAGAGUUUUCAAGACUAGUGGAAGAAUUUCGCCAUUUCAAACUGCAGGCUAUUCAGUUUAUGAAUAGCAGCAACCAUGGCACUUUUGAAUGGGUUGAUGGGAUGUUGGUUCAGGCUUUACAGUCUGGAGACUGGCUUUUGAUGGACAACGUUAACUUCUGCAGUCCUUCUGUGCUGGAUCGCUUGAAUGCUCUGCUUGAACCUGGGGGAGUCCUUACCAUGAGCGAAAGAGGGGUAAUAGAUGGUGUAACCCCCACUAUCACUCCUCAUCCCAAUUUCAGGCUUUUCCUUUCAAUGGAUCCUUCACACGGGGAAAUAUCCCGAGCCAUGCGGAAUCGUGGAAUUGAGAUAUAUGUUCCUGGAGACAGUAAUUCACUGGAUCCUCAUGAUGUGAAGCUGCUGUUGCAUGGAUUAGGCUUGCUGGGAAGUAGCACAUGUGAUGCACUCGUCGCUGUGCAUACAGAAGCUAAGGAAAGCAUAGCAGGUUCUACUUACACGCUGUCCUCUUUGAUUAAUGCCGCAACACUAAUUGUGCAGCAGUUGCACGGAGGAUUUGGCUUAGCAAAGAGCUUCUAUAAAGCAUGUUGGGACGUCUAUGUCUGUACACAACAAUUGGAAGACAAUAAAAAGCUUGUGCUGGAGUUGAUAAUGAAGCAUGUUUCAGUUUUGGAUUCAGAUGAAACCAGGGGUGCUUCCCUCCUUGCCUUAGGAUUGUGGCCAGAUUCUGCAUCCGGUGCUUUGUUUGCAGCAGAAGAUUCUCUCCUUUCUACAGUUCAUAAUGAUGGUCAGGUCCUGGCAUAUUGCUUGAACAGACUGAAUCUGAAAAACAGCAGGACACUCCCUCUUACUAUACACGACUUUGAGAAAAUUCUGCAAUCUGCUAAUCCAGAUUGUCUCAAAUUCAGUACAGUUGACACUAGUGCUUCAUGGGCAGAUGACAUGGAGGUCCUUUCUGCAGCAGUUAAAUUAUUCAUAGAGAAGGCAACAAAUCAGGACUGGACACUGAGAGUUGGGUGGCUUAAUCAGUUAAAAAAGAAUUUGCCGGAAGUACCUGAUUCGGUAUAUACUGAGCUGGAAGCUGGUGCUGCAUCUCUGAAUAACUUCUACUUCAGUCCCCUCUCAGGUGCAAUCAGUAACGUAAUAAAGAUGCUACAACCAAAUAUGACGGAUGAACAUGUGAUUCCUAUGGAUCCAAGAUGGAACAUGCAGUGUUUGGAUAUCAUUAGCAAUUCUGCAGAUUUUGAAGCAGAAGAGCACUCAGAUCAGCUCCUUACUCUACUGAAAACACUUUCAAAUCGGGCGAUACUGUUUCUGGACCGGGAGAAAAAAAGCUAUGUUGAAAGGAGCUUAAUUAAUACCAAAAAGCCAAGAACUAGUGCUUUGAGGAUAUCGCUAGAGUUCCAUAAAGAUCCUGGCAGCCACAACCCACUCCCGCAUGCUAUUGUGGCAAACCUUGCUGGCUUUUUUGAACUCUGGGAUGCCUUCGUGUUGAACUGGGUGAAGUCUACUCAAGGGGCUGUUUCUGAUGAAAAAAUGAAUGAAAUACUGCACUGCUUAUUGUGGCGUGACAGGUUUUGGAUAACAUCUGACAUGGUGGCUGUGGAUUCUUCUGGCUUGGCACUUCUGUCUCUUCACUGGUACUGGGUUGUGAAACAUUUAAUCAGCAAAGCAACUAAGUUACUGAGUACAUAUGAGCAGCAAAAGCUUCCCAAGGAUAUUCAGUCUGUCUCGCAGCAAAUCCAGGCUUGUCUAGCCAGUCCUGCUGGUAUGUCUGCCAGCAUUAAGAAACUGCAGAAGUCUUUGGGAAAGCCUCUUCCAUUCAAGGAUAUAGGAGUGGUGGAUGCUGCUGCUCAGCUGAGGAGACUCUCCAAAGCACUCAGUAUCCAGGAGCUGAAGCCUGCUGUUGGGGAUGGUCAAUGGCAGAAGGAGGUCUGUGUUCUGAAAACUGCUGCCACAGAGUGGAAGAUCAAGACUGCAUUGCUUCAAGCUCAAGGCCUUAUUCUCAGAACCAGUCAUCUGAAGGGUAUAUGUUCAGAUGAAUUGUGGACUCUGGUGAAUCUCCAGCAUUCAAAGCUGAAGGAAAGAGGCGUCUUGAUUGAGCCUCUUGAAGAAAAGCCUGCUGAAGACAAACAGGCGGACUCUACUUUGUUAACUCAGCUCUGUAAUAGGGUGCAACUGUGGCCUGCAGUGGAGUAUCUAGCUGUGUUAUGGCAGUACAAGCUAACCACCGAUUGCAUUGCUGAGGCUUCCUUGCAAAGGAAUGGUAGCCAUCAGCAGUUAAGCAUAUGUUCAGAAAUAAGGCAAUUUAUUGCUUUUUGCCUUAAGUUUACAUCAUUCACCUCUCAACAGCUUCAAGGACUUUAUUAUCUGCUGGACUUUCAUAAGGUCUCUACAGAAGAAAUUUAUCUCUUGUGGUCAGAAUUGGUGAGUGCUGCUUUAGAAGCAUUCUGGAGCAGUACGGUUACCACAAAUCCAGAGCGCUGGCUGUCCUGGCAGACGCUAUACGUGGAAGAGAAGAAGAUGCCCAAAUCUCUCAUGGACUAUUCUGUUCAGGGUGUGGGUAUUUUGAGUCGAGCAGUUUUCUCCAAGUGCCUCUCUGAAAUUCUAACUAACAGCAGCAAGUGGAGCCAGUGGGAUGUGACCGGCCUUCCUGUCCUGUCAGCCUCCAAUGUCACCUUGGGAGAGCGGCUGGAGAGAGCACAGCAGCUUCAGGAACUCAGCACGGUUCUGUGGACCAACUUGCCCUUUUCUUCCAUGGCUGAAUUCAGGGUUAUAGAUUCCAGGUUCCAAUGUGUAAUGUUACAUAAGCAACUCGUAGCUCUUAAAGGCCUUGUUCCAGUAGAACAGCAAGAGGAAUAUCUCCAAAACUGUAAUAAGGUUUCCUCCAAGAGCCCAGCAGCUUUUCAAUAUAUUUGCAAAGUCCUGAGAGAUGCUGCUGCUCAGGACCUAUUGCCUGACCACAUCUUCUGCAUCUGGCUGACUUGUUUGCAGCAGUUUUUUGGGCAUGAAGGAGGACCCCAGAACUUGCCUGAAACAGCUCGGCAAGGCAGUCUCUGGGUAAAUCUAGGCCUUCUGCAGAUCCAUCUGUGGCUUCCACAGACUCAGUUUGAUCCUGCGGCGAAAAGAGAAUAUAAGCUGAAGUAUGCAGAGGAAGAGUUGCACCAUCUAGAAUGUGAAUGGAAGACGCACAAUCUGUCAACUCAAUUAUGCACAGGGAAACACCUUGAGGAUGAAACGAUCAGCAGUCAUGGUCACCCUCAUAUUAGGAUGUUAUGCCAAAGAAUACAGAAGCUGAAGGAUCAAAUUGCCAGCCUUAGCCAAAAGCAAGCCUAUAGACCGCAGGUUCCUUCGUAUGAGUUCUUGUACAAGGAAGUUCAUCAGUAUGUCAGCAGCAUUGCCCAGACUUCAAAAGUCCAAGGCCUCGUAACUCGCCUUCUGCAGUUACUUCAUUUGGAUACGUCCCACUCUCUCCAGAUGGUACAGAACGUUCUAAACGAAGAGGCAGCCUGGCAGCAGUCACACCAUCAGUUCAGGAAACAUUUGGCAGAGGACUAUGCUGCCUUCCCUGAUGUAGUUAUUCCACUGCAAGCUGCCAUUUUGCAGAUGCAACAUGGCCUGAGACUUGUGGCUUCUGAAGUCCAUAGAACAACCUUCAGCUGUUUUGUCUGCCCAGUCAAGCUUGGCACUCUGGUUGCUUCUCUGCUGUCAUUUCCUUCUGUUGGUGGCACCUUCCCCAGUUACCUUGCCCAUGCAGAUGCUUUGUGCUCUGUGAACUCCCUGGAUGUCCUUCAUGGCCUAAAGAGGUUACUGCUUAAAUACUCUUCUGAGGAUUCUGGCAGAGAGGAGAAGGUGUGCCCUACCCGGGAGCAGCUGCUAGUGAAUGCUUUGUUGUAUCUCCAUUGCCAUGUGCUGUCUAAGGCAGAACUGGACCAUAAAUCUCUGCAACUUUUUAGACAUUUGUGUCAGGUAAUUAUAAAUGAAUGGGAUGAACAAGAGUGCCAGGCCCAGGAAGAGGAGGAUCAGAAAAACAGUAUUUAUAGGUACAGGACCAAGAGUCAUGGAAGUGGCCUCACUGAAGAGGAAGAGGAAGAGAGAGAAUUCAGGAGAAAAUUCCCACUUCAUGAGAAGGAUUUUGAAGACAUUACAACUCAGGCAAGCCUUGAAGAAAAAAUAGAAAUGGAGGAUGGUUUUGAAAGUGAAGCAGUUCCUGAAAAAACUCUCUUUUCUUAUCACUCGAUGAAAACCGUAAUGACAGUUCAUCAGCAGCUUUGUCUUUACUUCGCACGAUCCUUGUGGUAUCAGCAAAGCCUGCCCUGUCAUCAGGCUAAGCAUCACUUGAGUACAUUUCUUUCCUGUUACCAGACUGGUGCUUCACUAGUGGCUCACUUUUAUCCUUUGAUUGGUUCUGAGAUGAAUGAUAAUCUUCAUGGCAGCCAACUUCUAGCUAACACAAUCCUGCAAAAUACACUUUUUCAAGAAGGGGCUUCGGAACUUGCACUGCAGAAUGAAGGGCCUUAUGACUUCUAUCAUCAUCCUAAUGUUCAACAAGUACAACAGUGUCAACAUGUUCUUGAAAACUUCACAAAAGAAGUGAAGGCACUAUUGAAAGAAUGGCCUGAACACCCUGCACUUGUCCAGCUCUUGAUUGUAUUGGACAGAAUCCGUAGUUUUCCACUCUCCAGUCCCCUCUCAAAGAUCCUGAAUGGCUUGGAAAUUCUGCUGGACAAGUCUCAGGAUUGGGAAGAGAAUGCUAGUCAAGCUGUCUCUCUUAGGAAACAUCUUGAUUUGGUCACUCAGCUGAUCAUACAGUGGCGUAAACUAGAGCUGAAUUGUUGGUCUGUUAGUCUGGACAACAUAAUGAAACAUCACACAGAAAAAUCGAUGAAACACUGGUUUUCAGUCUAUCAAAUGAUUGAAAAAUAUAGGCAAGAACAGACAGAGAAGAAAACAGAAGACAUGAAUUUAAAAGCAGUGGUCAGUACACUGCAAGCUUUCAUAGAAGGAUCCACAUUGGGGGAAUUUGACACACGGCUUCAAAUGCUGUUGGAAUUCCACUGCCACGUCUUACUGAUGCCGCAGGUGGAAGGAAAUGAUACACUAUGCAAUGUAUUAUGGAAUCUAUACAAUUAUUAUAAGCAGUUUUCAGAAUGUGUGCAAACAAGGCUGACUGAACUUCGUAAUCCUAUAGAAAAAGAAUUGAAGGAGUUUGUGAAAAUCUCUAAGUGGAAUGAUGUCAGCUUUUGGGCUAUAAAACAGUCUGUGGAGAAGACACACAGGACACUUUUUAAGUUUAUGAAGAAAUUUGAAGCUGUUCUCAAUGAACCCUGCCAAUCUGCCUUGGUGGAGACAGCCAAAGAAGAACAACUUGCUUCCUUGCAGAAAUGCAAGAUGUCGGAUAGCCAAGAAACUCAAAUUCAGAGCCUGAACAACAUAUUAAGAAAAAAACUGACUGCUAAAACAGAUGCUACCCAGGUUCAUUUAGAGGAAUUCCAGGGAGAUAUGUUUAACCCAGAAUCCCUUCAAGGGCGCUUACCUCAACUUACAAAACGAAUGAAGAAGAUAUGCACAACUCUAGUGAAGAACAACUUGUUUUUGGAUCUGGUUGAGAGCCUUGACAAUUUCACAGGUGACAUCAUUUCCUCUACCCAUGAUCUGCAGCACAUGUCUGUGAAUCCAGCUGCAGACAAGGAAAAACAGAAGUCUGAGGUCAAGCAUUUACUUGUACAGAAACAAAGGGCCCUCACAGAGCUCUUUAAAAACCUUGCAGAUACAGGGUUGUCAUAUCGCAAAGGCCUUUCUUGGUCUCGUUUGAAAACUUCCCAGGAUCUGCUUUUCCUUCAUCCACUGGAUUUGCACAGUGCAUUAGCCUUGGUUAAUGACACACAGAAACUGGACACAACGUUACUCUCUGAGAUUUCUUCAUCCUGGGAUGGAUGCCAGAAAUACUUCUAUCAGUCUCUUGCACGCCACUGUAGGCUUCAGACAGCAUUACUGGCUCCUUCAAAGGAAAUUGGACUUGGCACCAUUGAGCGAUGUAAAGGAUUCACUGCACACCUCAUGAAGAUGCUUGUCAAGCAGAGGAGCUCACUCACUGCUUUGACUGAGCAGUGGAUUAUCCUGAGGAAUCUUCUAAGCUGUGUACAGGAGAUUGAUGCCAGGUUGAAUGUUGCUAGUGAAUAUGAAGUAGCAUUUCCUCCUCAAGAUGGUGUUCAGCAGUGGACGGACAGAUUGCAGUACCUUGCCAUGCAGUGUGUGGUGGUCCUAGAGCAGCUGUCCUGGUUUAUACAGUGCUGUCCAAAAGGCCAAUCCUUGAAUGCUUCCAGGACAGAAAAACAUUCUGAAGCCACUGAACUGAAUUCAUCUAAUGUUCUGAAGUCAGUGCCUGAGUUUAACCCUUCAGAGCUACAACAUUUCACUCCAGUAGCUGUAGAUCAGCUGCCCAUUGGAUGCAAGAUGCGAAAACAUGAUCCAUUGUGUCAAGAACUGGUUUCCAGAGUGAAAGAGAUGCUGGUGGAGGUUAAGGCAGUAAAAUCAGAUGUGGACAGAAUAAGACAACUGUCUUGUGAGACUCUCUUCCAUUCCUGGAAAAGCUUUGAAGUGUGCUCAUCAGGGAUAGAAUGUUUGUUGAAGGUUUCAACCCAGCUGCAGGAUAUAGAGUCUUUGUUUGUCCUGCCUGAGAUGGAAGUCAAUCAAGCUGCCUCACGGAUGGCAUUAAUUAGAAGUCUUGUAUACAUCCAAGGAGAAAUUAAUAAAAGUGUAGAUGACUUUGCUAUCUGGAAGACGCAACUCUUCAGUUCAAUUUCACAUUGUAAUGGGCACCAAAAAUCAGAUGAUGGAUUCGUAGAACUCUUCUCGGAACAAAUAGAACUUGCAAUCCAAGCUAUCCUGAGUGCAAUACAGUGUUUGGUAGAAAGAAAAAACGAAAAAGAGAACGAUACCUCUCUGAAGGAGGAUGGGGAAGAACCCUCUGUUGACAGGCUCAAGGCAGGACAUUUAACUAAACUCUUGGAUGAAGACAUUUGUGCAGAUGUGAAUUCUUUGCAUGUACAGAAAAUAAUAUCAGUAAUUUCAGAACUCCUGGAGCGUCUAAAAUCCUAUGGUGAAGAUUACACUGCAUACAAAUGCAAGCUUUUCAAUCAAUCCUGCCACUUGCUGGUGCGUCUAAUGCCAAUACUUUACAAUUAUUCCAAUAUUAUCCUCUUCUACUUCACUGUUUCCUUGGCCACACAUAGGAGCACUGGGAAAUUGCUUUCUGUUCUAGCUAACAUCUUUACUGAACUGGCCCUAAAGGGGUUUUGUUUACCAAAAGAGCUAAUGGAAGAUGCUGCAGGAGAAGGAGGAACAGAAUUCCAUGAUUAUGAAGGAGGUGGCAUUGGAGAAGGGGAAGGCAAAAAGGAUGUGAGUGACAAGAUAGAAAAUGAAGACCAGGUAGAAGACACUUACCAAAAGGGGCAAGAAAAAGAGAAUGAAGACCCAGAAUCGAAACCAGAUAUUGAAGGAGAGGAUAAUGCAGUUGAAAUGUCAGAUGAUUUUGAAGGAAAAACCUACGAUGGGGAGCAAGAAAAGCAAGAUGAUGAUGAAAAAUCUGAUGAAGAGGUAGACAAGCAGAUGGGAAAUCUUGGAGAUGCGGAAGCUGACAAAUUGGAUGAGAGGCUUUGGGGAGAGGAGGAGGAUGACGACGGCGACGAUGAGAGUGAUAAUGAGGGUAGUGUAACAGAAACUGGACCAGGAAUGGAUGAGGGUGAUUCAGAACUUGUGGCAAAAGAUGACAAUAUGGAUGUAGACAAUAAAAAUGAUAAGAAAUCUCCCAAAGAUGAAGAAAAAGAGAAGCAAGCAGAUGAAGGUGAAACCAAAGAGAAAAUCCAUGAGCAAAUAGAUGAGCGUGAAUAUGAUGAGAAUGAGGUAGAUCCCUAUCACAGAAAUCAAGAGAAACAAACUGAAGCUGAAGCGUUGGAUCUUCCUCAGGACCUGAAUUUAGAGAAUGGAGACAAGGAUGACAAAGACGAUGAAGAAGAAGAAGGAGAAAAUCCUUUUGAGAUAGAAGAGAAAACAAUGGAUGUAGAUGAAAAAGAAAUGAAGGAGAAGGAUUCUGGAGGUACAGAUGAAGAUGAUCAAGAUCCUGAGCAAGCUGAGAAAGAUUCCUCUGAAGAAAAAGGUGAAGGAGAAGAGGAAAUGGAAGAGGAAACAAAAGAAGAAGAAAACACAGAUGCAAACAUAGAUGAAGAAGAGGAGGCACCAACAGAAAACCCCAAAGAAUCCCCUGAAGAAGAGAGAGAAAGAGGCAUCCCUGCUGCAGAUCAAGGCCUUAAUCCUCAGGUUUCACUUAUUACUUUAUUAAUGGAAGAGGAGGAUAUCAGUAAUCCUGACAAGGAUGAGCAGUUACCUGAUGCUGUAGAGAGAAUGGAACAUGAAACGUAUGGGCAGACAGGAGACGAGAACCUGCAGAGUGAUAGCGCGGUAGAACUGGCUGGUACUGCUUCUGAAAAGGACCAAGCAAAAGAGGAGCAUGGAAGUGGAGCUGCUGAUGCAAAUCAAUCAGAAGGACAUGAAUCUGAGUUAAUGGCACGACUGGCUUCUGAGAAACAAAGCAGAAAAAAUACACAGAGUUUUAAGAGAAAACCUGGCCAAGCUGACAAUGAGCGCUCAACAGGAGAUCACAGUCAACGAGUUCACAAGCGUUUGAGAACCGUAGAAUCCAGCAGUGAAGCAGAGCAGACUGAUCAGCCGAAACAAAACAUGGGAGAAGCCGAUGCAUUUAAGCACAUUAAACAAGGCAGUGAAUCCUAUGAUGCACAGACUUAUGAUGUAGCUAGUGAAGAACAACAAAAACCGAUCAUGCCCACUAUGGAAGACAAUGAAGAACCAAUUGCUGAAGAUGUAGCUAUGGAAACAGAAGCUCAGAAUGCUGAGGAUCUUAGAGCCGUUGAGACAGAGAAACUGAAUCCAGAAGUAAAGACAUCUGGUGCUUCUAAAUCUGGUGUAGGGUCUGAGGAGGUAGAGUUGGACAGCCAAGUUCUCAGUUCUGAAGAUGAUGAAGAGCGUGGAGCAGACAAAUCACAAUCAGAAGUACAGCCAGACAGAAACAAAAACUCUACCAUACAUACCGCCUAUCAGUUCCUGAAGGAUACAACUAUCCAGUGCAUUGUUAAGAAUCCUGAAGAGCUAAGACAAGAACUAGAAAAGCAACUGGAAGCUUGGCAAACUGGAAACACUGCUGAGGAAAAGGCAGCAGCAGAGAUGUGGCAGAGAUAUCUUCUCCUCACUGCACCUCUUUCACAGCAGCUCUGUGAGCAGCUCCGACUUAUACUAGAGCCAACUCAGGCAGCCAAAUUGAAAGGUGAUUAUAGAACAGGAAAAAGACUGAACAUGCGCAAAGUAAUUCCAUAUGUCGCCAGCCAGUUCCGAAAGGAUAAAAUCUGGUUACGAAGGACCAAGCCCAGCAAAAGACAGUACCAAAUUUGCUUGGCCCUUGAUGACUCAGCCAGUAUGGUAGACAACCACUCUAAACAGCUUGCUUAUGAAUCCCUGGCAGUGAUUGGAAAUGCUUUGACUCUCUUAGAAGCGGGGCAGAUUGCUGUGUGCAGUUUUGGUGAGACAGUUCAGCUGCUACAUCCAUUUCAUGAACAAUUCAAUGAUCAAUCAGGAAGCCGGAUACUUCAGCUCUGCAAAUUUGAACAAAAGAAAACUAAGAUAGCUCAGUUCCUAGAAUCCUCAACUAAUAUGUUUGCUGCAGCACAGCAGUUCUCUCAAAACAUCAACCCUGACACUGCUCAGCUACUCCUAAUUGUAUCAGAUGGAAGAGGUCUUUUCCUUGAGGGCAAGGAGCGUGUCACAGCAGCUGUUCAAUGUGUCCAGAAUGCAAAUAUCUUUGUCAUUUUUGUAGUGUUGGACAACCCUAAUUCACGGGAUUCCAUCUUGGACAUUAAAGUACCUGUGUUCAAAGGCCCAGGAGAACUGCCAGAAAUAAGGUCAUACAUGGAAGAAUUUCCCUUUCCUUUCUACAUCAUUCUCAGAGAUGUGAAUGCCCUCCCAGAGACGCUCAGUGAUGCACUCAGGCAGUGGUUUGAACUGGUGACUGGUUCAGAUAUCCUGUAGCACUUGCCAGGUCAAUGAAUACAUGGUUGCCAGUGAAUGACAAAGUUCAUCAGCAAAUUUGAGCAGACGAGCCAGAAACUAUAUCCUAACGUGCAUUCUUCCUUAUCAGUGAAGGAGUCUAUGCGAACCAUGAUGGAUAAGGACUCUCUUCACUUACUUCCUUGCCUAUAUCUGGAAAGAGUGGAAAUCUACAUUUUCCCUUUUUUACUCUCAGAAUAAUUUAUUCUAAGGUUUAUUUGUUUUCAUAUCAUUAAGAAAUAUGUGGCUCCCAAGACUCUAUUUCUAUAGUAGUAAGAAACUAGUUUGCUUCUGAGAGGGGAAGUUGCAACUAGAACUGUUAAGCAUAAUAAAAAAAUAAGUGUCCGUCUUGGGACACGUCAGUGGACCCUAUGUUUGGGGGGGGGGGGAAUGAAUCUUACACAGCCAAAAAAAAUCCUACUUGAAUACUUGAAACUGUUGCUGAACAGUUGCUGGUUGUUUGAUAAUGCUUGAAGGGUAUUUUUUAUGAAAGACUCUGCAUUAUCAUUUUACACUGUGAAGUUUGCCCCCUGUACAAGGCAAAUAAUGAUAAACACAUUUUGGUAUCCUAAAAGCAUGCGCAGGACUCUUUCUGUCUCACCCUACUCCCAACCCCCAAACCUUUUCACAUUGGAAAAACUAUGCAUCAAACGUGAUUACUAAUAAAGAUGUUUUGCUGUUUUUAA